AUGCACAGACUUCACAGUCAAGGUGUCACCGAUUUCUACCUGACAGAUCGAGAUAAAAAGAACCACUACUUUGCUGCCGAAUUUGAAAAGCAAGGCUUCAGAGUUGAACCUCUGCAUGAAGAAAAUGAAAUGGCAGUUGCGAAAGUAUUAGCAGUGCAACAAGCAGGCUCAGCGGCACCCAAAGGCGUGCUGAUUUUCGGGCCCAAAGGCAACGCAAUACGAAUAUGGCCAUUAGCUGGCUCCCCUACUGACAUCACCGAUGUAUCAGAAUAUCGUUUAUUCGUAGCCAAACUUAGCAGCAUUUUUGGCAUUUCUGUCGAGGAGGCUGCGAAAAUCGUCAAUACGGAGAGGGAUUUGGUCAUAUUGUCGAAGGAGAAACUGCCUCAAAUGGAAACGGAAACCAAUGUCGAAGAAAACCGUCCUCUUAACAGUGCAAAGUCUGGAAAGGUCCCUGAUAAAGCCCCAAUUGAAUCAGAAACGAACGUGGAAGUCGAAGGACAUCAACACAAUGCAAUCCUUGCUCCAUUGGCGUCCGAAACCCACGCCGUAUCGAAGAUCACCACAAUAAUCCCAACAAUCCGAAUCCUCCCCACCCCGCAUUGA